AUGCAGGCUCUCCGCCCCAGGAGGCCUGAUGAUUUGUGGGAGUUUAUUGCCGAGCAUCCUUUCCAUGAGCGCGUAGUAGAGAGCCUCCAGACUACGGGAUUAUAUACCAUUUUUGAGCUUGGACGGAUGCAGCUUGAUUGGUCACUCAUCACGUCCUUGGUAGAGCGGUGGCGACCGGAGACGCAUACAUUUUACUUGCCCACUGGAGAGGCUACUAUCACGCUGCAGGAUGUCCAGGUUUUAUACGGACUGCGCGUAGAGGGACGCGCCUUCGCACUGCCCCACCACCGGAGAGGGAUGACUCGUGCACAGUUGGCGGACAUGAUGGGGCAGUUGACUGGUUUGAGACCGCAGGGUGACCGGGGUGGCAGUCGCGUGGCUUUAUCAUUCAUUAGAGAUCAGAUGGAGGUAUUGCACCCAGAUAUUACCCACGAGACAGAGCAUCUUUGGAUUCAGCGGUACACUCGGUUGGCGUUGCUCCUGCUUUUCGGGUGUGUCUUGUUUCCGGACACCUCGGGGAACAAAGUGAGUAUGCGCUUUCUUCAUUGUCUUGAGCAGCUGGAUGAGCUACCCCAGUACAGCUGGGGUGCUACUGUUCUGGCGUAUCUCUAUAGGAGCAUGUGCCGCGCGAGCGUAGGUCCAGCGGUUGAUAUAUGUGGUUUUCUGCCCCUCCUUCAGAUGGUGAGAACGCACACGUCAGACAUUCCGGAUCCGCGAGGAGCUACUCCCCCUGUUGCUAGAGGUCGGGGGAGGGUACCAGCCUGA